GAGGACGGAGUAGAAUAGAUAGGAACUUCACUGUGUCUUUCUUUUGGAAAUGUUACGGUGACAAAGUAUUAGUAAUCUUCACCCGUUUAUGGCUAAAGGUGUGAAGUAAUUCCUUACUCUUGAGAUAAUAUUUGAAAAGAAAAAAGCUUGAUGCGGGCAGAUCUGCUUCUAAUAUGCGACUGAGGUACAUUACACCGUUAUGGAGAGGUGGUUACGUAAGCACGUGUUCGUUUCAAAGAACGUUUCUGUCUUCAGAGGCUCCACAUUACGGUAAGACCCUUGAAAACGGCCAAAAUUUGGACUCCGAAACGAAGGAAAAUGGCAACGGAGAUAUUAUAGGAGCUGUGAAGUUAUUUGAAGCCAUCAAACAUUACACUAAAUCCAGUAAUAUACAAAACAAGACUAAAUUGCUGAAAUCUUACUGCGACUGGGGACUUUACGAACAAGCCAUGAAAAUUGUGCGUUCCAUCGUCAAUCUUAAGGUUUACGACACAGAUGCUUAUGACUUGGUUAUAACCAGUAUGGCAACGCGUAGACAGAUAGGAAAAGCCAUACAGGUCUUCGAGGAGAAAUUGAAGAGGCAACAACACUUUCCAACCAAAGUAUACUUAAGUGAAUACGUCACGGAAAUGAUUGAACUGCUCCUCAAUCCUGAAAAUCUGAUAAUUAAGGGAGAGGUUUUUGAUGAACAUCGUCAUACUAGAACAUCACAGAUAGUGUUUCGUUAUCUUGAACAAAAUGGGGAAAGAUUACCAUUAAGAUUAAUUCGUGCAAUUCACUCGUGGCUCAUGCAUGAUCCAAAUAACUACUGGACUUGGCAGAACUGCACAAUUAGUGAAGCAGGAAAAUGCUCUUUCUGUGGUAAUAUGUUGAUAAACCGCUUACCCUUAGAGGAUGUACGCCAGUUGAAAUUUGAAAUCCUAAGGCUUUUUGAAAUUCCACAGAAGUCUACUUUUAAACUGAACGAUAUAAGUUUAGAAGACCAGAUGUACCAAGAGAUACAAGAAUUGAAGAUGUUUGUCAAAGAAAAGGGGCCAUUUGACGUAAUUAUUGAUGGCUUGAAUGUCCUUUGCACAGAAUCAAAAUUUAAGUUAUCAUCACACAGGUUAUUAGAAAUGGUAAAUCACUUUGCCAUACAACAGAAGAAUGUUAUGGUUGUAUUAUCUAAGAAAGAACUGGAAAAUAGGAAAGCCACUAGGGCUCUCAAAACUACUAAUUGUGCUGUUUUCAUGAGCAGCUUUGGAAAUGAUGAUUUGUACCUUUUGUAUGCUGCAGCCAUGAGUGGAUUGCGAUAUGUUGAGGUUGUCACCAAUGACAAACUCCGAGAUCACCGCCUUUUAUUCCCAGCUGAAGUGGGAUGGAUAUUCUCAAGAUGGACAAGGUUAAACCGUGUAAGCUUUACAAAAGGAGGAAAAGGAAAACUGCAAUUUUUCAGAGACAGAGUUGACCCUGUUGUGCAGUACAAUGGGAAUUCAUGGCACUUUCCUGUUGCUAAUGAAGCAUGGAGGUGUUCAAGGAGAUCAAAACGGUUCAAAAAUUUAUUUUAAAUGCACAUUUUUUAAAAGCUAUGUACAAUAGAGAAUUUUGAAACUUGUUUAUUGAGACAUAACUGAAUGGCUCUUCCAGUAAACAAAUAUAAUAGUAUAAUUGAUAAAUUAUGUGAUUCGGGUCACCCUGUGGCACUUAUGUAAAUGUUAAGAUAAAUUAUGUGAUUCAGGUGACCCUGUGGCACUUAUGUAAAUGUUAUUACUGUUGGAGGAAAAAAAUUGGCUUUUUGUUAAA